AGUACGCUGAGCAACAAGCGAGCGACCGCGGGUUCACCAUUCAGUCCUCGGCCCGCUUCGAUCUCGCAAACUUGCGUGACCAUCGAAAUCCAAAACCUCUGACUGCGAUACUCAAUAAAACCUCAGAAUCGCGCGUGAUUUUAUUCCGUUUGCUUUUAUGUGCUAUUUUACUUAACGGGUUUCUAGUGUUUGUGAAGUUAAUGUUUCAGAAUUAUUGGCGGAAUUUCCACGUUUAAUUUUUAAGGUGUUGCGCGGCGUUGACACGGUGCGAGGGUGUAAUGCGGGGCGGGCGGCGGGGGAGCGAGCGCUCGCGCAUGCGCCGGUAGCAGCGAACAUGCGCGCCGCUCUCGCCUCGAUACUGCUACUCGCCGCAUUACACACCGCUGCUGCCUCCAGUGUUAUCAAAGGUCAGCGCGCUCCCUGCUCCAACGAGGGUGAGCCCGUGAGGCUUCAGGACGCUCGCCUGGAACAAGACUGGAGUAGCUGCUUCCGAUGCAUAUGCAAGAACGGUUUCGUGGAGUGUCGUAAAGGUGUAGAAGACUGUGGUCCCAUGGAAGACUGUGCGGUUGUGAUGCCCAGAGAGGGUUGCUGUGCUCGCUGCAAGGGCUGCUGGUACAACGGUACGGAGCACGCCUCUCACACCGAGUGGGGGGAGGAGGGGAGGCUGUUGCGAUGCGAGGCUGGCGUGAUCACCAUCUCCAGGCCGGAGUGCUAUGCUCCGUGUGACAAUCCGAAACACCAGCGGCAUACACACUACAACUGUCCUGUUUGUGAUGAAUGUGUGAUCAACGGGCAGCGAGUCUGGGAAGGCCGUGACGUUCGUAUUCCUGAGGAGCCGUGUCUUUCGUGCAGCUGUUCCAGAGGUGCGCUGUCGUGCAUCAAGCGCGCGUGCCCGGUGCUGCCCUGCGUGAAGUCGCAGCAGAUCACACCAGCUGGAGAAUGCUGUCCGCGAUGUACUCAUCCUAACUCAGAUAAAAUUCUACCAAGAAGUUCGCUGCCAAAGCCCUGCGUGAUCGGCAAGGAAUAUCACGGGCAUGAGAGCCAGUUUAGAAUGGAUCCAUGCACGGAUUGCACGUGCCUGAACGGUACUGCCGUCUGCGCCCGUCACACCUGUCCAGUAUUAACAUGCGGGACACGCGCGCUGCCUGCAUUGUCUGGCAAGUGCUGUCCUGAAUGCCCCAACGUGGAGGAAGCUAAAGCAGCCUGCAUUGUCGCAGGAAAAACUUAUCAGGAAGGCGAUACGUGGCAACUGGACGCUUGCAAAUCAUGUGAAUGUCAUGGAGGUGAACCAAGAUGUGCCAUGGAGAGAUGCCCCUCAUUGAGUUGCUCUCCUGAUCAAACACUGCGGCAAUUACCCGGACAAUGCUGUCCGAAAUGCGUUGACAUCGAUGGCAUAUGUACCGUUUUUGGUGAUCCUCACUAUAAGACUUUCGACGGAAAAUUUUAUAGUUUUCAAGGAUCCUGUAAAUACCAAUUAGUGUCCGAUUGCAAAAACCAUACAUUCUCCAUCAGAAUAUCAAACGAUGCUAGAAACACAUCACAUUCCUCUUGGACACGAACUGCAACUCUUCGUAUUGGACCCACAAAGAUCAACAUGGGAAAGAAAAUGCGUAUUAAAGUGAAUGGUCAACGAGUAACGCUUCCUCACAAAAUAAAUGGAAUCGUUGAUAUAACUCGCACUAAUGGAUCUGUAACAUUAAAGGCUGAAAUAGGGUUGGAGAUGCUGUGGGACGGAGAUGGGUUCUUAGAAGUGACAGUUUCUAGUUCAUACAAGGGAAAGCUUUGUGGAUUGUGUGGUAAUUUCAAUUCUGUUGCCAGAGAUGAUAUGCGCACGCGAGACGGUAGAUUGAUAAAUGAUACGUGGCGAUUUGGAUCUUCAUGGAGGGUCGGUGGACACAGAGCCUGCACUCGACGACAGGAGCGCCCUGGAAUGAACACUCGAUGCAGAGCAUCGAAAUUGACGAAAGUGCGCCGCCUUUGCAGAGCUUUCGAGCAUCACGAGUCUUUUUCAAAAUGUGGAGCCAACGUUAAUCCACAUAAUUAUAAAGAGGCUUGUCUGCUAGAUGCAUGUAGUUGUGCUGGGUUUAACUGCCACUGCGCUGCGUAUCGAGCAUACGCUAGAGAAUGUACUCGGGUCGGCGCUGAGCCGUACAAGUGGACUAAAGCUGCUUGGUGCGAGGGUCUAUCGCCUCCAUGGUUGAGCAGAGGAAGAAAAGGCUUCGGACGAGCUGCUAAGUCUAGGGAGAACAGUUUUCCUGAUUUAAGCGCAAUCCCAAGAAGAAAUAAUAGUCGCGCCCGACCGCCACCGCCCAUAUUACAUUGAAAUGAUGAUGGCGAUCAAAACUAGUCAAAUCUGCCAGUGUUCUAAAAUAUGAUCCAAACAUGUUUCAAGGAGUUAGAAUAUUGCAAACUGGAAGAUAGCGUUAAUGUGGUACUUGAUGGAACGGAGAUCUAUUUACUUAAACAGUAUUCGUAGAACUACUUCUAGUUAGAAUAAUUAUAUGCUAUAGUUAUAAAACCACCUUUAGCUCAAUAUUGCCUCGCCGCUUACAACCAGCUUUUGUUUACUAUAAGCAUUCCUACGUUAUUUUUAAAUAUGUAUAAGAUUUUAUAUAUAAUCUGAUAGGUAUCUACGGUUGUCAUCAAAAUUAACAUUUUUUUUCAGUAGUUGAAGUAAUGAAUAAGAUAAAAUAUACAACCCUUUCAACUUAUAAAAACUGAAACAAUUUGCUGGUUGUUUCAAUAAUAUUUUAUAAUAUCUCAAUGUUGACAUUAUUUUAUAGUUAAUUGUUUCGAGUAAAAAUUAAGUCGUCAUUUUUAAAAUAAUAUAUUGUGUGAGAGUGAUAUUGAGAAUGGUUUUGGACUUCGUCGAAGAUAGAUGAAUAUUAAAAUACAUAGUUCUAAUUAAGAUCUCAAUCAUAGUUAGUAUUUCAGAUAGAUAUAUAUGAGUAUGACCUGUAUUGAUUCUAUCUACAAAUUAGGAAUACCCUCAUAAUACCGGAUCCGGAUAGGAAUUUACUUCACCUAUUCGCUUUAUAGAUGAAAAGAGUAAUAUAUUAAAUUUACUAUGCUAAAACACAUAAUAUCCUAAUACCAAACAUAAAAUAUAAGAAUAAAUAUUUCAAACAGUAAUUUGUGAACAUUGCACUCAUUCGUUUAAGACCUGAUUAAUUAUAGACCUACUGAUCGAAUGUAUCAAGUCAAUACAAUAUACAAACGAUAGUUUGACCAUUUCUUACACAAAUAAAAUUUGUAAACAAAAUUUAUGAACGUUGCGGGACUCGAACCCUCUCGCGGACCGAGUUCUAGUGACGUAAAGUUCAUAAAUCUUGCAUGCUAUGUGCAACUCUCAGGUUGUAGCUUCAUAAUAACGUGCUCAACCCAAUAUUUGACUAUUAGGAAAUUGACUUGAGAUGUCGCUCUUGCAAAUCUAAAACAUCUCAAAUCUAAUUUUAUGUGUGUUGAGGGUUAUCACUUUAAAAUAUAACAAAUUGUUUAGAUUUGCAUGACCAUUUCUUAUCUAUUAGGACAGCAGUUAUAAAAACAGGUCUUUAUUACUUAUUUGGUCAAUACUUACUAAUUUUUUUAAUAAAAAAGCCUUAUCUAAAGAUAAUUUCAUUACAAAAAUGGUUACUUAAGUAGAGUUUCAAUUCGUUUCAAUUUGAAACCAUAGACCAAGUAUAGUACCUAGA